AAAAGCACAUGACCAGUGAAAAGGAAGUGGGAGCAAACACAGGAGAGCUUUCAGAUUACGCCAGAAAGAACAGCAUAUAACAUGUUAUACGCUUCUGGGUGAGAGAGGAGGCUGGACCGCCUCGACAUUUCGUGAUUUAUUUAGUGAAAUGGCCCCUCUACGCGGUGGAUUACUGCGCCUAGUCAACUGUCUGCUGAUCUGCGUCACUUUUAGCAGCUUCAGCUGCAGCAGGGAGUCUACUAAAUCCUACCACAGACCAAACAUUGUUUUAAUUCUUACAGAUGACCUGGACAUCUCCAACGGAGGACUGACCCCAUUAAUUAAGACAAAAAAGCUCAUUGGAGAUGCUGGGAUUUCAUUCACAAAUGCUUUUGUUGCAAGCCCGCUGUGCUGCCCAAGUCGUGCAAGUAUUCUCACGGGUAAAUAUCCACACAACCACCAUGUAAUCAACAACACGUUAGAAGGCAACUGCAGCAGCAUAGCAUGGCAGAAGACUGAAGAGGGUCACACAUUCCCGGCAUUACUCAAGACUUUUGCUGGCUAUCAGACCUUCUUUGCAGGGAAAUAUCUCAACCAGUAUGGACAUUCAGAGGCAGGAGGGGUGGAACACGUGCCCCCUGGUUGGAACUAUUGGGUCGGACUGGAAAAGAACUCAAAAUACUAUAACUACACUCUGUCUGUAAAUGGAAAAGCUCAAAAACAUGGAUCUGACUAUAACAAAGACUAUCUGACAGAUGUAUUGGCCAACCAGUCUCUAGACUUUUUACAGUAUAAAUCAAACUACCUGCCGUUCUUUAUGAUGGUAUCAGUGCCUGCUCCUCAUUCUCCUUGGACUGCAGCCCCUCAGUAUCAGGACAAAUUCAACACAACCAAAGCACCCAGAGGUCCAAAUUUCAACAUUCACGGAAAGGACAAGCACUGGUUAAUUAGACAAGCAAAAACUCCUAUGAGCAACUCCUCAAUCCAGUUUUUGGAUGAUGCUUUCAGGAGACGAUGGACCACACUCCUGUCAGUGGAUGACCUAGUGGAAAAAAUAGUAAAACAAUUGGAAGUCAGAGGUGAACUGGAUAACACCUAUGUCUUCUUUACAUCAGACAAUGGUUAUCACACAGGUCAAUUCUCCCUUCCUUUGGAUAAGAGACAGCUUUACGACUUCGACAUCAGAGUUCCACUUAUGGUCAGAGGCCCAAAUAUCAAGCCAAACCAGACCAGUCAGAUGCUGGUGGCUAAUGUUGACCUUGGUCCAACCAUGCUGGACAUUGCUGGUUACAAUGUAAGCAAGACGCAGAUGGACGGCAUGUCCUUCCUUCCUAUAAUGGAGGGUUUGAUGAACAGCAGCAGUUGGAGAACAGACAUCUUGGUGGAAUAUGAAGGAGAAGGAAGCAAUGUGUCCGAUCCUGCCUGCCCUUUGCUGGGUCCAGGAGUCUCGGAGUGUUUCCCAGAUUGUGUAUGUGAAGACUCUUACAACAACACCUAUGCUUGUGUACGCACCGUAGCCCCAUCUGCCAACCUGCAAUACUGCGAGUUUGAUGAUAAUGAGGUGUUUGUUGAAGUCUAUAACAUGACAGCAGAUCCUUUCCAGUUGACAAACGUUGCAAGGAGUAUUGAACAAGAAGUUCUGGAAAAGAUGAACCGCCGGCUGAUGAUACUGCAGUCCUGUUCAGGACAGUCAUGUCGGACGCCUGGUGUUUAUGAUCCAAGGUAUAAAUUUGAUCCCAGGCAGAUGUUUCUUAACCAUAGUUGGCAGCAUAGUAGGCUGAGACAAAAAAUGAAGUAAGUGUGGUUUAAAAAAAAAGAGGGGAUCACAGAGGAGGUUUUGACUGCUUUACUAAUCUCUUCCUUGCUGUUAUUGCCUUGUUUUGCCCUGAGACCAUGUUCCAAAAUACUGGAUGUAAAAGGGAUUGUGAGACCCAUAUCUGAAGAAGGAAAACUCAAAAGAAAAUGCACUGUAUUUUGUUUUAUUUGUGCAUUGUACUAAACCAUGAAAUUUUAUUCCACACCUAAAUAUUUUAUACCUUUUUUAUUUUUAAUAAGUCAAGUGCAAGACAUUUUUGAUAUUUAUUGUCACUUACUUGAUCACAGGGUGCCUAUGGUUGCUAAUUUUCUUAUGGUCAUUAAAUUAUUUAUUAUUACAUUAUUAACAUUUAAAAUGCAGUACUGCAAUAUACAACUAAAACAUUUAUGAUUUAUUUUAAGCUGUAACUUAAAAAAAAAAAAGUCCAUUCUUUUCUGGCUGCCUGGGCCAUUUGUAAUUGAAACUCUCCCCAGCUGGGGGUGCUCCUCGGCUGGGGGCGCCCAUCCCCCCACAACUGUUCCACGCCAAGACGGCCCCAAGCGAACCGUGCCCAGUGGAAAUGAGGCUUAUGUGGAUCUCUUUAGCUUGUAUUUUGUAGAUUUUAUUGGAUCCACAGUUAUGUUGCUGUGGCAAAGCUUCUUAUUAUCUGAAGCAGAGAUAAAAAAAAAUAUCUUGAGGGGAAAAAAAUAAAUAUUGUCACUGCAUUUCUUUUCAACAUUUGUAAGCUUGUGUUUAAUGUACACUUUAUUUGACUAUAUUUUAAACAUAAUUUGUGCAGACUAACAAUUUAGCCACAUUAUUUUUGUGUCUUAGACUGCAAUAUAACAAUUGAAAGAUUGUAAAUAUUUAUCUUGAAGGUGAUCAGAAAGGAAGAUUUGCAGUACUGCUUGUAAAUCAAGUGUGGCUGUGACAGCUGAUUGCAAUUUGUCAAUGCAUCUCUGUUGUGUAUGUUACAAAUGAACUGACUGAACAUUUCAAACACUGUUAUUUCUUUGCUGUGAUGUUUAAAUUUUCUCAGAUUUCAAAACUCGAGUACAGUCUCCAUCUUAAAGUUAAGACUGGUCACUUUUCAUUUUACUGAAGCACUUUCUGUCAGAACCACUUUGUUGUUUUGACAUUCCAGUUUUAUUGUUUGGAUGUAAAGUUAUUUUGGCUUGUGUUUUUUGUCCUAAUAAAGUUAUUGUAAAUGACAA